AUGAAGAUUAUCCGCAGCCUUUACUAUACCAGAGGCUCCACCAACACCACUUCUCGGGCCUGGAAGUACGGUACUGAUGACUUCAUGACAGUUCUCCGCUAA